GUUGUGAGAAUUAUUAAAAGUCCUGUAGAAAUGUUGCUAAAAUUUCUGAAUGUCCUACUGUUGCUGAGUUUAAUGCAAUGUUUUGAAAAACAUACAGCUAUACCUUCUUAUCAAGAGAGAGCUGAGCAGUUAAUGAAAAAUACAGCCCUGAUUGAUGGACACAAUGACAUGCCAUGGCAGUUGAGGAAGCGAGUGCACAAUGACCUUUCUGCCAUAGACCUUAAAACAUGGAAUGUUACCCACACCAAUAUUGAGAAGCUCCGGGCUGGUUUGGUUGGUGCUCAGUUUUGGGUUGCUUAUGUGCCCUGUAAUGCACAGAACAAAGAUGCAGUCCGUCAUGCACUGGAACAAAUCGAUGUGAUAAAGAGAAUGGUACAGAUGUUCCCAAAAGAUUUUCAGCUAACAACAACAGCUGAUGGAAUCACAGAAGUAUUUCACAGUGGUAAAAUAGCCAGCCUUAUUGGUGUGGAAGGUGGACACGGAAUCGACAACAGUCUCGGAGCUUUGCGCAUGUUCUAUGAACUUGGAGUCCGUUACCUGACAUUAACACACGUUUGUAAUACACCAUGGGCAGACACAAGCAAAGUGGACACUGGUAGUGUAAAAUCUGGUGUCAAUGGACUAUCUGAUUUUGGUAAAAAAGUUGUAGAAGAAAUGAAUCGUCUGGGAAUGCUGAUUGAUCUAUCUCAUGUCUCUGAAGAUACAAUGUUAGCUGCACUUGAAGUAUCAGAGGCUCCUGUCAUUUUCAGUCAUUCAUCUGCAUUUGCUUUAUGCCACAACUACCGUAAUGUGCAAGAUGAUGCUCUACGUAAGCUGGCAAACAAUUCAGGCAUUGUGAUGGUAAAUUUUUAUCCUAACUUUAUUUCUUGUAACGGAACUGCUACCUUAUCCCAAGUGGCAGACCAUCUUGACCACAUUCGAAAUGUUGCUGGUGCCGAUCACGUGGGCAUUGGCAGUGACUUCGAUGGUUUUGACAGGGGUCCUAUUGGCCUAGAAGACGUUUCAAAAUUUCCUGCAUUAAUUGCUGAGCUUCUCCAGCGUAACUGGACUGACAACGACAUUAAAAAGCUGCUCGGUUUAAACUUUCUCCGAGUUUUUAAAAAAGCUGAAGAAGUAAGCAGACAGCUUCAGAAAGCCAACAUGCCAUCAAAUUAUAUCAUUGAUCAGGAUAAGGUGCAAAGUCCAUGCAGAACAUUUCUUGGCUACCCAUCUGCAGCUUUUCACCAUCCCUGAUUCAUAUUAUCAGCACAGUCAAGUUCAUUAUUUCCUUAAGAGCAAUCAGAAGUUAAAGUAAUAAUCAGAAAGAUACAAGAUUAGAAAUACAUUUAUAACAUUAAACAUAUACAGCAACAGAAGUUCACAAAAAGACUAUCAUGACUGUACCUGAGGAAAUAAGCUGCUGAGAAAAAAAAAACCUAUUCAAAUCUCUAAUACCAUAUCAUGGAAUCCCUACAGUGCAGCAACAGGCCAUUCGGCCCAUCAAGUCCAUACUGACUCUCGGUAGAGCAUCUCCACCCAGAUCUACUGCCUACCCUAUCCCUGUAAUCCUACAUUUCCCAUGGCUAAUCCAUCUAGCCUGAACAUCCCUGGAGACUGUGUAAUUUAGCAUAGCCAAUCCACCUAUGUCUUAAAAAAAAAAUAGAUUAUCUUGAAACAUUGGUGUAUAUACAUGCUAUUAGUAUCAGUUGCUUUUCUUGCAAUGCAUGGCUUUGUUGCAAGACAUUAAUAAGUAGUCAGCUGUGCCUCAGUAUGUACCAAUCUUGCCUUUGAAUCACAAUACUCUGGGUUCAAGUUUCACUCAAGAGCCUUAAUAAAAACUACCCAGGCUGAUAGCCCAGUACAUAUGGAGGGACCGCUGCACUGGUGGAGGUUCCACCAUUGUGGUUUCGUCUGCCUUUGAAGGUGGUCAUAAAAGAUUCCAAAGACAUUAUUUUGAAAUAGGUAAGUGAGUUAUCCAGUAUAAUGGUCAAUGUUUAUCCCAUGAUCAAAUUGCAAGAACAGAUUAUCUGAUCAGUAGAUAACAAGGUGUAGAGCUGGAGGAACACAGCAGGCCAGACAGCAUCAGAGGAGCAGGAAAGCUGACGUUUCGGGUCUGGACCCUUCUUCAGAAAGUUAUAUCUUUCCACAAGUCCUGUUAAAGCUGAUUAGAUUUAUUAUCUUUCAUGGAUCACCAUUAUGCUAAAUAGACUUCCUAAUGUUUUCAGAGUGUCCUUACAUUUGGAGGGAUAGAUUUUAGCCUUUUAUCUAUUCAGCUAACUUAGAGACUAGGGUCCAGAAAGGAAGCACCCGCCUUCACUGGCUAGCAGCCUGAAGCAUGAAAUAUGCACAUAAGCCUCUCCUACCACCUGCUAAUUCUGAGCAGUGGCAGAAUGAGACCCUGAAGGGGGCAUUUAUUGCCCACUGACAACUUCAAUUGGGGGCAUGGACCACCCACACAAUACUUGCCCUGCUGCUUGAUGGCACAAUGCCCUAUUUAUAGUACCACCACUUCCUCAAUUCCUGUCCAUGGGUGGCCCAUAAAAUCAAGCCCAUGGAAAAAGUAGUGGCUUUAUUUGUUUUCUUUCUAUAUCUAGAAGUGCUCUUACACACAAUUGAACAUUAUUUUUCUCAUCACCAAAUCACCCGUGGUAAAGCAGUGGUUUUAUUGUAUGUAUCCAAGGAAUGCUUUCAUUUUCCCACAUUGAGCAGUAAAGAAUCAGAACAAUUCUGUAACAUUUAACGGUUUAAUAAUAUUGCCAGUUAAGCUGCUGAAAGAGUCAGCUGUUAAAGCUGCAGUGAGGGCAAUAGUUGAACAACAGAACAAACAGUAUGGCAGCAAAUUACUGCAGAUGCUGGAAUCUGUACUGAAAACAACAAAUGCUGGAGAUCAGUGUUUCAAAACUGAUGAGGUUGGAAUGCAGAAGGGCACUUUGGGGAAUCACCCAAAUUAACAGGCUGAGCCUACAAUUCUCUCUGCAAAGCACAACUCAGCAGGACUUUCCUUCCAAAUUUGAUUCACAAAACGUGCAAUGGAAAAGAAAAAUGGCUGCCACCACACCAACAGCGGACAGAAUACUUUUUGUUUGAGGGACUCAGCCCCCUGAAUGAUGUGAGGUUCCUCAAGGGGCAAGUAUAUUAAUCAGGCACUUACCCACUACAGAUUAAAGACAUCUGUAAUCACAGAAUUCUGCAUGCCUACCCUCUUGUAGUGACCAACCAUGUCAAUUACAAAUCUUGGACACAAGCAAUCCUGACCAUGGCAUUGAUCAUUACAAAUUAAUCCUAGCAACUUCUGUGAAGCAGAAGUAUUCUCAGGGGAUCUAUAAACUGUCAUCUACAUUUACAAUUAAUAAACAUAUUCCAAGAUCUCACAACUGCACAUAGUCCUGGAACUGUUUUCUUCAACCUUGAACUGUAUUUUUUUUAAAAAAAACACAAAUCGCUUAUAUGGCUCCAGGCCUAUAUAUUACCAGUCUGUAUCAGAUACCGUUGAAGCUUCCAUGAUACUGAUAUCCUUGAUAACUCUCAGAUUUCUUCUUCCAAGGGUCACUGCUUUACAAGGAUGAUUAGUGGGAGACAAGGGCUUCCCUCUCCAACCAUGGAAGAUAACUCUGUUACACAACCCUCUGACCAAGGCAGAGCCUUAUAGCACAGUGUAUAUACUGUGCAGCACCUUCUUUCACUGUACAACCAUAGACUGUGUAAUUUCUCCCCAUAAUGAGGUUUCCAUGCUUGCACAGGUGUGGGGAUUUGUUGCAACUCACUACAGACAGUGUGCGCCACAUAAUCUUUGUAGGCUGUGCUCUGGUCAAUUGGAACAGGUGAGAAAGGGAAAUGAUGGAUAAAGAGUUACGAGAGUGGUAGCACUCUUCCAAAGAGAUACCUCACCUUCACCAAGAUCAACAGCAACAAUAUCAGACACAACAAGCCACACAUAAUUUGACAACUGCUUCUCAUGGAACAAAGUGGAUGAUAUCAUCAUUCACUGACUGUAAAUUUAUUGUUGUUGGUAAAACAAGCAACCUCUUUUUAUUCCCAAUUACAAAUACAACUUAUCAGUUUGUUAUUUCUUCACUUUUUCUGUUGUUUAAUAAAAGUUAACAUUACAAACCAUUUGUAGCUUCACAACAUCUGAUGCUCCCACAU